AUGAAGAAAAACGAAGAUCAGAAAUUGGUACCAGACGCACCAUCAGCCGAAGCUGAACGGGACGAUGAAGAAUUGUCGAGAAGUGCUAAGAAGGCACUGAUGCGGAGUAAAUCAUCAACAUUUAGUACUUUGUACCUAUUGGAAGACUGCUCUAGAUACGUCUUGAUCCAUGUUAUUAUUAUUCUUAGUCAACAAGCAAAAAAUUGGUGUCGUAAGGGGAAUUCGAACCGUUGUCCUGUUGUUUGCUCAGUCGGCCAGGUGCUCCAGCCCGUUCAGGCACUACAGGCUCAAUUGGUCGUCAGUUUGUUUGCUUCUACUGUUAUCACCAGCGGUGGCUAA